AUGAACCUCGCAACCUUAUUUAGAAAUACAAAAACAGUUAUAUUUUCUCAAAUUAACCGAAAUUUCUCGAAGGAAUUUACUCCUAAGCCUCUAAGAAGUUUAAAAGCGAAGUCGACGCGAAAUAACGUCCAGUUCUAUGUAGAUGCAUGUAGAGUUAGGGCAGUUGCUGGGAAUGGGGGUGAUGGGUGCGUCUCCUUUCUUAGUGCGUGGUGCAAGGACCAAGCUGGGCCUAAUGGUGGGGACGGAGGGAAUGGCGGACAUGUUAUUUUUCAGGCAACUCAUACCAAAAAAAGUUUAAAUCAUUGUAACUCAGUGAUCCAAGCGAAGCAUGGUGAGCGAGGCGGCAACAAAGACUGUAAUGGGAAAAAUGCACAGCAUAUGGUUAUUGAAGUUCCUUUAGGUACAAUAAUCAGAGAUAGUUCUGGUAGGGUGGUGGGGGACCUGCAGGAGGAGGGAACCAUGUUCGUGGCGGCACGCGGGGGCGCGGGGGGACAUGGGAACAGGUUCUUCUUGACUGACACUGAGCAGGCUCCCAUGGUAGCCGAAUAUGGUGCUAUAGGGGAAACCAACCACUAUAUGCUGGAAGUGAGGUCGAUGGCCCACCUCGGGCUCAUAGGGCUGCCCAACGCCGGCAAGAGCACCCUACUGCGCGCCGUCACUAGGGCACGCCCCACCGUCGCGCCCUAUCCCUUCACUACUCUCAGGCCGCAUAUAGGCAUGGUGCCGUACGACGACUACGAGCAGGUGGCGAUAGCGGACCUACCGGGUUUGAUAUCUGGCUCGCACAAAAACUAUGGACUUGGAAUUCAGUUCCUACAACACGCGGAAAGAUGCCGCGGUCUCAUUUUCUUGUUAGACGGCACCGACUCCCCUUUGAACCAGUACGACAUUCUCGAUUAUGAAUUAACAAAAUACAGUGAAACUUUGUCCAAAAAACCACGUUGUGUCGUCAUCAAUAAGAUAGAAAUGCCUGAAGCGAAACAGAACUACGAGGAAGCGAGACAGGAGAUGGAAGUUGUUGGAAUUUCAGCGAAAACGGGACUCAAUCUAAGCGAACUUUUAAGGAUUUUCCGAAAUAUGUAUGAUAAUGGAGAGAAA